AUGUAUACACGAAUUAAAAUCAGUCACAUUAUUAUAAUACUUUACUUAUGCGGUUGCUGUCAUAAUCAAAGGGAAAAGCCGGGUCUGCUUUGGGACGAACCUUGGCAUAACCGACUUAUGGCUAUACAGUUAGUAAACAUGACUAUAAAUAUGUGUAAAGAUGCAAAGUGGAAAGUGCGAAUAACAGAGGGAGUCCAAGAAUCAUAUAAACAUACUUUAUCAUAUGAGAUAGGUCUGCUAACUUCCGGAAUAGUAGACAAGUUCGCGCAUAUGCUAAGAGUAUAUCGUUACUAUUCAAAUCCUAAAGAUUAUAAAAAGAGUAAACAUUCUAUCACUGAAAUCAUGAAUGGUUAUGCAGUUAUUCAGAGCGAUUUUAAUCAAUUAGCCAUUGAAAGAAAUCUGUAUCUAGAAGUUAUACAAAAAGAGAAGGAACGACAGGAGCAGGAAGACAAGGAAAUAGCUGAAUAUGCUGCCCAAAACCCAGGAAUGCCAGAAAAAGCCAUCAAAGACGCCAGAGCUAAAGGUAUCAAACGUCCACCAAAAGAUAACAGAAGAAGCAUGAAUUCUACCACAGAUACUGAAUCUGAAGAAAAAGCUACGACUGUCACAGCUGUCAAUGUCAAAAUGAAUGUCAAUGUCAAGCUGUCAAAACAGAAAAAAGGUUGGUCUAAGAAGAAUAUAAGUAAAGAGCCGGAAUAUAAGAAGAAGUUGAGACGCAUUAUGUGGGAAGAGAGAUGGAGUGGCUAUGACCCGGAUAUAGAAGGCGAUGAUGUGCCGAAAUCUUUACUUAAGCGUGGUUUGAGGAAUAAUAGCCAUGCCAGAAAUUUUCUUAUGAAAGAUUUAAAGGGGAUUCUUUUGGACUAA